AUGGCCGACGGUCCCCAAAAGGGUGUCGUCAAGUGGUUCGACACCAUGAAGGGAUUCGGCUUCAUCAUGCCUGACGACGGAAGCACUGAUGUCUUUGUGCAUCAGACGGCCAUCCAAACGGAAGGAUUCCGGUCUUUGGCCGAUGGCGAAGCCGUCGAGUACGUCGUGGAAGAAGACUCCAACGGCCGCAAAAAGGCCGUCCAGGUUACCGGACCCGGCGGGGAAGAAGUUCAGGGAGCUCCCUUCCGCCCUUCCAACGACUACGAUUCUUAUUAA